AUGCCUCACCUAAAUCCCCCCUCUAAUGAAGGCAAGGAACCAUCGACUGGAACUCGACCUACUGGCUCCGCCGGCUAUGCAUCAUUAGAUGCCCUAUCCACAAGAGAAGGCAACGCCAGCGGACGAGUCUUUGGUACAGGCACCGGCGGCACGGUCACAUCGCCGGAGUAUUCGUCCGCCCUGAGCUCGGAUGUCCUGCAGAACGCGGAGAGCGAUCGCGCCAUGAGCAAGGAGGAGGCCGAUAGGAUGUACGAGCAGCGUAUGGAAGAGGAAUAUGCGAAGAGAGAGGGUGGUGCUUGA